UUACUAACAAACAGUCUUAAUGCAUUUCUUCUAAGAGAAACACGUCAAAAAAAAGUUAUGGCAAGCGGUUCGGAUUUUACUACUGAGCAACUCUUGAGUGAUCUCUUCAAAUGUGUCAGUGUGGAAGCAUUAAAAAAUGAAAAUAUCCAAAAGUACGAUUUGAAAAUUUAUGGUACAGAAGAUAAGAUAGAGCAGUACGGGAGCGAUAUCGCUUUUGUGGAUAUUUCAGCGGAAAAUUUUAAUGAGGAACGUAGGGAUUAUAAUUUGGUUUUGAAGUAUGGACAUACGCAGAAAAAUGUUAGGAAUAAGGUGCCGAUUAGGGAUGGAUUUAAGAGGGAGAUCGUGGUUUAUACUCGGUUAAUCCCUUGCUACCAACGUUUCCAACAAGAAAAAAACAUACGACCUUUGGACUUUAUCCCAAAAUGUUUCCUGACUAAAUACUCGGACACUGACGAAAUCAUUGUUCUGGAAAACCUCAAAUCUAUGGGCUACGAAACCCAAGACAGACACAAGCCGAUGAACCUUAGUCAAAUUAAGCUUGUCCUCGAAGCUUAUGCGGAAUGGCACGCCUUAUCCUUUGCCCUGGAAGAUCAAAAAGAUCCAGAAUAUCUGGAAAUAACGAAAUCUUUCCGGCUGAACCCUUGGAAACCGUAUUUUCAAAACCAGCUGGGUGAAAUGAUCGAUUUUGCCCAGCAGAGCCUGUAUGCUAUUUUGGAGCAAAAUGGAGAAACGACGUUAUUGGAGAAAUACCGGAAUUUAGUUGGAUGUGAUAGCGCCAGAAUCGUGUUGACUGAGCUGAUGAGUGCUAGUGAGGAUACCGCUGUGAUACUGCACGGAGAUUGUUGGAACAAUAACUUUUUGUUCAAAUGUGAGGAUAAUGACGCGAAGAAAACUUCUAGCGCCAAAGUAGCCAUGUUCGACUUUCAGAUGUCAUCCAUAAGAAGUCCCGUGUUUGACUUAAGCCAUUUCAUUUACUCGGUGGCCUCUGACGAAGAAUUACUGCACUUUAUAGAACUUAUGGAGCAUUACUACUUUCACCUCUCACAAAACUUGACGAAGCUUGGAAGCGAUCCAGAGAAAAUAUUCCCAUUUGAAACAUUAAUAUUGCACUGGAAAAAAUAUUCUGCUUAUGGAGCGGUCUUGUGUCCAUUUAUUAUGAUGUACUGUUUUAUCGAUAAGCAGGAUAUGGCGGAUUUUGGCGUAUGCCAAACUUUAAAGAAUGCCACUUUAAAAAUUGAUUAUAUUAGGCGAACUAUGGCUGUUGCAAAGCAUUUUGUAGAAUGUGAUUUUUUGGUUUGAGUUGUAAAGAUUAUUUUACAGUCUGGCACUUUGAUAUUGAACUUGGCACAAAAUGAGUCCUAUGGCAAUGAUUUAUAAAGAAUGUAUUGAGCAAUAAAUUGUUCUUACUGUA